AUGGCGAGGCCAAACUCGCUACAAGUGUGUGCGAAAGAGCUCAUGAGACGCUGUAAAGCACCCACAGUGUGUGCGGUUAGGACAGUACCAUCUGAAAACAGCAUCACCCUUACCAAUACUUUCCGAUCCUUGGUCUUUGCUCGGAGGUGUGCAAGAAGGAAGAAGUUUCCAUCACUUCUAGUGUGAAGGUACACACAAUGCCUUUGAAUGGCAGUAGGGAGAAAAAGGUGCUGAAGAGUGUGGGAGCGUGUACCUAGAGCGGAGCGAAGUAAACCAUUGGUUCUGUAAUAGCGGUCUUAUUUGCAGCUCGAAAAAGACGGUGACAAUGGUUAUUGCAUCACACAGAGCAGUCAAAACUGCCAGAGACGUUCUUAUAUCUUACGGUUAUUCGAUUCUACAGAAGAGGGAUCCUUCAAGAACCUUGGGGUGA